AUGCAGAACUUGAUGAUGGGGCACGCCAACAUAAGAACGUUCCUGAAACACUACCUCUCGCGACGCGUCACGGUGGACACGCAGGCCGUCGUGCGAGGCAUUCAGCCCCAGGGUGCCCUAAUGCGCGCAGCUUGUACCAUGAGUCGUUCGAUUGACUAUCGUCGGCCACAACGGCUCACGCCAGAACAAUCUGCAUUGGUGAACAAUUAUCCUACAGAUGUCGAGCAGCAGCUUGCUGGCAUCAAAAUCAAGGACGACGUCAAAGGAGGACAUGGUGCUCUGCUCCCGGCACAGAAGGAGUUGGUUAACGCUAUCCUGGCUCGUCCGGGACUCACACUGGAGGAAGAGAUUAGUUGGCGGAACACGGCCAUCAGUGCCGUCAUGCGAUAUUGUGGGAUCGAGGAGGGUGGAAUACACCCAUCCCGGCCGAAACGAUUGAGUGGUCGCAUUACACCACCUGGCAAGAACGAAGACAAUGCCCAGCUGGAUCUUGAUGAAAAGGCGCUGGAAGCUGCUAAGGUGGCGGUGUACAAGGAAACGAGGCCGAGGAUAUGUUUCGUUUGCCUAGGAAAUGAGAAUCUGCCUACGGAACUGCGCACAUACUCGUUUUAUACCUUGGGAGAUCUUAGCAAACAUUUCAAGAGGAAGCACCUGCAGUACAUCAAGGAAGGGGAUCAGCUCGGCUGCAGUCUCUGUCAAGUGUGGCUUGAAGACAAAAUGCACCUGCAGCGACAUGCAUGUGAGGUCCACGGUACCGUCUCACUUAAGGACAAGUUAGAGGCUGCAUUACCAGCUAACAGCGAGAACGCCGACUGA